AUGUUAAAAGCUUGCCUAAGGAGCUUCUCUUCAUCUGUUCCAAAACUUUCGGCACACGGAGCAUGUGCUCGUAAAACAGUUCGGACCAUUCAAAACUUAUACGAGCAGAAAAUUCCUAUUUCGGUGGUAACCGCAUGGGAUGCAAUUACUGCAAAUAUAGCAGAUGAAGCACAAAUAGAUACAGUUCUCGUUGGAGAUUCUCUAGCAAUGGUAGCACUCGGCUACGAGGAUACAAAUGCUUUAGAAUUGGAAGACAUGGUGCACCAUGUCAGAGCAGUCAACAGGGGGAACAGGUCAUCCUUGCUAGUAGCAGACAUUCCAUUUGGAAGUUUCGAGGAAUCUGAGGCUCAAGCAGUUCGUUCAGCAAUCACUCUAGUGAAAAAGGGAAAGGCUCAGGCAGUGAAGAUCGAGGGAGGUGUGGAGAUGGCUCCCACCAUUAAAAAAAUUGUCCAAGCUGGAGUGCCUGUCAUGGGGCAUAUUGGUUUAGCUCCUCAAAAGCACAAUACUUUGGGCGGGUUCCGUCUACAAGGAAAUACUUUGCAAAGUGCCGUUAAGAUUGUCGAAGACUGUAAAGCUAUUGAAGAGGCAGGUGUUUUCGCUAUGGUGAUUGAGUGCGUUCCUAAUAAAUUGGCCAAGCUUGUGACGGACUCGGUGUCUGUUCCCACGAUCGGAAUUGGCGCAGGCAAUGCUGUCUCUGGUCAGGUUCUUGUCACCGCUGACAUCCUUGGUAUGGAAGACAAAAAGCCAGCAAAAUUUGUGAAACAGUAUAUGCAUUUCCAUGGACAAGCAAAAUUGGCCUUAGAAAACUACAAUGAUGAAGUGAAGAGUGGUGCGUACCCUGACCCUAAUCACCACGGCUAUAAAAUGAACUCAGAGGUUUUGAACAAAGUAAAGGAAUACUUGUCUCAGCAAGACAUUACGAACUCAGAAUAA